UUUUAUUUUUAUAUUUAUUUUAUAUUUUAAAAUAUUUUGUUACAUUACAUAUAAUUAUAUAAUACAUAUAACAUUAUAUCAAUAUAGCUCAUAUUAUAUCAAACAUUUUGUUUUUUAUUUAUUCAUUCGUUGAUAAAUAAUCUAAAAAUUAUACUUUACAUUUGAAAAUAGACUCAAAAAUUUUCCCGCAAUUUACAAAAUGUUUGGAUGUAUCUUCAUAGAUGGCAGUAGUAAUAUACGUCAGUUUCAAAAGAGUUUCCUUACUAUUCAGAACGUAUUCGCCAUGUUCUGUUUACAGUACUGUGGUCGCGUCCAUCAUCGUCGCUAGGUACGCUUAUUUCCUCGCUCUUCCGUUCAGUAUUAUUAUGUCUCGCACGAUUCAUUGGUGAUGUUCGAAGGCGUGGUGCAUUCGCGUAUUUUCGAAAGCUACUUCGCGUGACGAUUGAUCUCGGAAGUGGCGGUCGACAAACGAUACGCAACAAUGAUUCCGCGUUACGCGAUCUAUGUUUUUUCGGUGGCCGUGUUCAGUGUCAAUGCUCUUCACACGAAAGAUCCGUUGGCUCAUCACGGAAGAUGCGAACCGAUCACCAUCAAUUUAUGCAUGAAUAUACCAUAUAACGAGACGAUUAUGCCAAAUUUAAUGAAUCAUCAAAAACAAGAAGAUGCCGGCCAAGAAGUACAUCAAUUCGCGCCCUUGGUUAAAAUGAAAUGCAGCCCUGAUCUUCGAUUCUUUUUAUGCACAGUUUACGCGCCUGUAUGCACCAUUAUCGAUAGAGCUAUACCUCCGUGUAGAUCGUUAUGCGAAAGUGCUCGUGCAGGAUGCGAACGUUUGAUGAACAGUUUCGGUUUCGCUUGGCCAGACAAUCUCGAUUGUUCCAAGUUACCUGAAAACGGUGGCCCUGAACUGUGCGUAGGUCAUAAUGAGACCACACCGCCAGAACCAUCGCCACCGGUAUAUACGCCACCACGUAUGCCAGUAGCUGAAUUUCAACCAUCCUGGACCGGAGGACCAAAAACUUAUGGUAGUGGAUUUAUGCUUGGUGCAAGGGACUUUGGUUUUGUAUGCCCGAUGCAAUUCAAAGUCCCGCAUGAACUCGGUUAUUCGCUGAAGGUUGGCGAUAAAGUUGAGCUUAAUUGCGGCGCACCUUGCGACGGAAUGUUUUUUACCGAGAGAGAAAGACGAUUUUCAAGGAUUUGGGUUGGUACUUGGGCAUCCGUUUGUGCGGCUUCAUGUUUUUUCACCUUUUUGACGUUUCUCAUUGACACAGAUCGGUUCAGGUAUCCCGAAAGACCAAUUAUCUUUUUGUCAGUAUGUUAUCUUAUGGUAGCAUUGGCAUAUGUGAUUGGUUGGGCAGCUGGCAAUUCUAUUGCAUGCAGAGAACCUUUUCCACCUCCUUUAGAUAUGAGAAUUCAAAUGGCAUCAACCAUAACGCAAGGUACCAAGCAUGAAUUGUGCACGGUGCUUUUUAUGGUACUUUAUUUUUUUGGAAUGGCAUCCAGUAUAUGGUGGGUUAUCUUGACAUUGACAUGGUUCCUAGCAGCUGGAUUAAAAUGGGGUCAUGAAGCAAUAGAAGCUAAUUCACAGUAUUUUCAUUUAGCUGCUUGGGCUGCUCCAGCAAUAAAAACAGUUACUAUUCUUGCAAUGGGAAAGGUAGAGGGAGACAUAUUGUCUGGUGUUUGUUAUGUGGGUCUUUGGAAUGUUGAAGCUCUACGUGGAUUUGUUUUGGCACCAUUGUGUGUCUAUCUAAUACUUGGAACUGCCUUCUUAUUGGCUGGAUUUGUUUCUCUUUUCCGUAUACGUACUGUUAUGAAACAUGAUGGUACAAAGACUGAUAAAUUAGAAAAGUUAAUGAUACGUAUUGGCAUAUUUUCCGUGUUAUACAUAGUUCCUGCAUUGAUUGUCAUUGCCUGCUUAUUUUAUGAGCAAGCCUAUUUUGAUCAAUGGAUGCUGACAUGGAAUAUGGAGAUGUGUUCAAGACCUGGACCGCAAUCUUUAUAUUCGAUGCCGUGUCCCGUUGGAGAGCGUACUCGCGAUGUUGGAAGACGUCCAGAAUUUGAGGUUUUCAUGAUAAAAUAUUUAAUGGCUAUGAUUGUUGGUAUAACAAGUAGUUUUUGGGUAUGGUCAAGUAAAACAUUGACUAGUUGGCGGCAGUUUUUUAAUCACAUACAAGGGCGUCGUGCUGAGGCGUAUGUUUAAAAAUUCAAUUAAUUAUAUGCUAUAAAAACGAAAAAAUUUUGCCUUUUUAAACUGCCAUAUCGAAUUACUGAAUGUCACGCUCAAAGAAUACUCAAAUGAAAGCAUGUAUUUUAUUGUAUUUGAUAAAAUAUCUCAAUUCAUAUAUAAUGUUACUAAACUUAAUUUAUCGGAAAGAGAUUUGAGUAACGAAAUAUGCAUUUUAGUAUUAUUUUUAUAUCUUAUCAGUGCAUUAUAAAGAGUAACAAAGAUAUACAAGUGUACUGUGCCAAAAUAUUUUUUUAUCAAAAUGAUUUAUAUGUUUGUUUAAGUGAAUCUAUUUGUGAAUCUCUCUGUUGUAUUUUUAUAAGAGUUGUAGAAGAACUGUAUAAAAUGUUAAAACUAAUCAUUGAUUAGUUUGCAAGUAUUAUUAGACAAUUUUUCAUAUUUAAGUAAUAAUUUCUUCUUCUUUUCAUUAAUAGAAAUCAUAUCUCAUUACACAAUAGCUCAUCAUUUAAGUUAUAAAUGCUCAAACUGUUUACAAAAAUGUGUUCAAUGUUUAUAAAUAUUCUACUUUUCUACUAUGCACAAAAAAUAAUCAUGUCUCAUUGUUUCGAUCUUUUUAUUUCGGGUUUGAUCAUUAAUAAAUUGAAAACAAUUACGCUUACUAAUCUCGCGAACAAUUUUUAUAUUCUUAUUAUAUUCUUAUAUUCUUAAAACAGCUUUAGAAAUAUUUUAUGAUAUUCAAUUAUAAGACUCCAAAAAUAUUUAAACUUUUUUUUUUUUUUUUUUUUAUUACUUUUCUACUCAUUUAAGAAUUUGAUUAAAAAUGUUUUUAAUAAUAUUUUCUUUUCUUAAUACAUUUACAAAUAUCUUGCCUUUAUAGGAUAAAGUUGAGGCAAGUAUAUCUUUGAAAGAUAUAAAAUAAAAUUAUAAGACGUGUGUACUACUCUAGGUUAACUGAAUUGUAUAUAUAUUUACAUACGUUAAUUUUACUAUGUACUAUAAUAUAUUUUUUAAAAGUUAUGUACAUAUACAUGUUUGCCAAAUAAUUGGCAUUUUCGUAUGUUUCCUAUACGUAAUCAAAUGUCGAAAGGCUCGAUAAGUGGGAGUCGACUCGAAAAUUCUCGGUAAAAAUUUGCGUACCGAGCGCAAUCAUUGUUCCAAUAUAACUGAUCAAUUCGUCCAUUGAAACUGCCGAGCUUUUGUGUAUGUCAUAUGUAUUUACGGCGAUUAAUCAAAGAAAAACUUACUAGUAAAACUAUUGUAAUUACAACAGCCGUACUUACAUUAUCGUAGAUGCGCUAAAUAUCAUACAUGAAAUAUACAUGACGUUGUGUAAAGUAAUUACAACUUAUUAUAUUCUUUAUAUAUAAUAAAUCCGAAUAUAUAUAUAAAAAUAAA